UGUCUCAACUCAGGAUGACAUCGGCGACACCUAUCUCAUGCCUCCUGUUUUACAACAACUUAUUGGAACGUCUCAUAUAUUUGAAACCAAAAGUCACACGUAUUAUCAAGUUGCCGAUUAUGAGAGUUUCAACUGUUCAAAAGUUGUUGUUACUGAGUUGUCUGACCCAGAGGUCAAGAAGGAGGAUGUGAAAUCAAUUUCAUUUGGUAAUGAGUCACGAGGAUCCUCAUUAGCAAUCUCGAAUGUAAAUGAAAACCCGCUUGAAAUAAGUGACGUUGCCGAGGCUGGAGCUGUGGUUAUGAAUGACGAUAAAGGGGUUGGAGAUAAUGUUGCAAUUGAUGUGGUUCGUGGGAAAAAGAGGCAAUUUCAAGAAACAAAUGUUGUCGAGGAUGGCAAAAAAGCGGUCAAGUGAGAGGAUGUCACCUAAGAUGAAGUAUCGGUGGUUCUUAUUACUAAGUGAGCUGCUAUAUUAUGAACUCAUUUUGUUUUUGCUACUUUAUGAACCUUUUUAAGU